AUGAAGGAGAAAAUUUGGAGUAGGAUUGAUAGAGUACUCAUGUCAACUAAGUGGCUGGAAAGGUUAAACUUAAAAUUAUGGGUUUUGGAAAGAAGUAUAUCUGACCAUUGCCCUCUGCUAUUGUUAGAGGAUGGUAGGGACUCGGGUACAAGGCCAUUUCUCUUUAUAAAUGCUUGGACUUUUCAUCCAAAAGUCGAAGAACAUGUGAAGAAAUCUUGGGAAGAUACCACAAUUACCGGUUGGGCAAGCUUUGUCAUAAUGAACAAACUCAAGACUUGGCAUUCAGUAUUGAAAAAAUGGAAUAUAGAGGUUUUUGGAAAUGUUACUCAUGCAUUGAAGGCAGCAGAGGAAGAGCUUCAUGCCAUUGAUCUAGUGGCUGAAUUUAGAAGCUUUGAGGAGGAUAAGGUUAAAAGAAGAAGAGAAGUUAGAAAAGCAGUAUGGUCACUAAGCAAAAGAGAGGAAUGGAUGGGGAGGCAGAAGUCCAGAUUGAAUUGGAGCUUAAAAGGGGACAAAAACACUAGAUUCUUUCAUGUUAUAGCCACUAGCAGACAAAAUAGAAAUUUGUUGAACUCAAUCGAAGUAGAUGAAGAGCUUAAUGAAGAUCCAAAAAAGGUCAAGCAUGAGGUGUUUAAUCAUUUCAGAAGGAGAUUCUCAGAAGAAUUGAAAUAUAGACCCAAGCUUCAUGGUUUCUUCUGGUCCAUUGGUCAUGAUAAUGAAUCUGAUGGGCUAGUUGCACCAUUUUCAGAAGAGGAAAUUUUGAGAGCUGUGAAAGAGGUGGCUUCAACAUGCCUUGUUUUCAAAAAUGUUGGAAAGUGUUUAAAAGGGAUAUUUUGCAAUUCUUCAAGGACUUUCAUGAUAAUGGGUGUUUAG